UUGCAGAUAUUCAUUGCCAACAGGGAGUCUGACUCUUCCGCCUCAGGACUGAAUAAGAAAAGGGGCUGGUGGGCACCUGCACUGUUCACAGCUAGUAUAUCAUCUGCAAAGUAUUUCCUUAAGCAUGUCUUGAGACAAAAUACUCUUAUACAGGCUCGUAGAAACGUUUCUCGUCAUUAUGACCUGAGUAAUGAACUUUUUGAGUUAUUCUUGGAUGAAAAAAUGCAAUACUCCUCUGCAAUUUUUAAGGCGGAAAACGAAGACCUGAAGGUUGCACAGCUAAGAAAAAUCUCUUCCCUGAUCGAUAAAGCAAGAAUAGAGAAGGGACAUGAAGUUAUUGAUAUCGGAUGCGGUUGGGGAUACUUUGCUAUUGAAGUUGUCAAAAGAACCGGAUGCAAAUACACUGGCGUCACUCUAUCAGAGGAACAACUGAAAUAUGCAGAAGCAAAAGUGAAGGAAGCCGGACUUCAGGACAACAUCAAAUUUCUUCUUUGUGACUAUCGUCAGUUACCAAAGACAUGCAAAUAUGACAGGAUCAUUAGUUGUGAGAUGAUAGAACAAGUUGGCAAUGAAUAUAUUGAGGAGUUUUUCAGAUGCUGUGAGUCAAUACUGGCAAAGGAUGGGCUUUUUGUCCUUCAGUUCAUAUCGGUUACGGAGGAGCUUUUCCAUGAGUAUCUACGAAGCCCAGGCUUCGCGAAAGAAUAUAUCUUCCCUGGUGGAUGCUUGCUUUCACUGACUAGAAUGUUAUCAGCCAUGGCUGCGGGAUCCAGACUCAGUGUGGAACAUGUGGAAAACAUAGGACCUAAUUAUGUCCAAACACUUAGAUGUUGGAGAAAAAAUUUCCUGGAAAACAAGAGCAAAAUUCUGGGCUUGGGGUUCGAUGAAAAGUUCAUGAGGACAUGGGAAUAUUAUUUUGAUUAUUGUGCAGCUGGUUUUAAGUCACGUACGAUAGGAGAUUACCAGGUUGUUUUCUCACGCCCUGGCAAUUUUGCUGCACUUGGCGAUCCAUACCAAGGUUUCCCUUCAGCAUAUUCGUAUUGAUUCAACCAGGAUCAAGCUGCUGCUGCUGCUGCUAAUUAAGUUUGUCUCCCCACCUUUAUUUAUAUGAACCGAUGAAGAAAAUAAUCUGCCUGUUCUGGGUAGGCUAAUUAAUUUGAUGGAAUAUAUAUGAAGAAAAUAAUCAUUAUGUCA